UAAUCUGGGAAGAAUCAAACCUAAUUUGCACGAGAUUGUCUACCAGGACCAUUUAUCUUUGUAGACAAUCUCUUAAAAGCAGCCAUCACUCUUUCGUAUUUUCAGUCAAAACUAGAGAAUAGGUUUUCGUUUUAACUUCAAAGCUUCGUUACCAUUUCAAUGGCGUCUGAGCCCUCUCCAGAAACCCUUACUUCUUACUUGAAACUCUCUGAUACAGACGACAAUGGCUCCUCUCAUGGCGAUUCUUUGGAGAAAAACCCGGAAGAACCUCCAAAGAACAUAAGCAAGAAAGCAGCAAAGAAAGAAGCCAUGAAAGCUGAGAAGUUGAAGAAACAGCAACAAAUGGCAGCCUCUGCUGCUCAAAUUGAUGAAUUAGACCCUUUGGCUUCGAAUUACGGUGAUAUUCCCUUGAAGGAGCUUCAAUCAAAGGAUAUCAGUGGCCGAGUAUGGACCGAAGUGAAGUCCUUAUCAGAAGAAUUGAAGGAUACCGAGGUUUUGAUCCGAGGCCAGGCUCAAACCAUUCGAGCCGUGAGCAAAAACAUGGCUUUCAUUGUACUGAGAGAGAGGGGGUUCACUGUGCAAUGCGUUUUCACUAUUGCUCCAGGGUUUGUCAGUAAACAGAUGGUUAAAUUUGUCACUGGUUUGAGCAGGGAAUCAUAUAUUGAUGUUUAUGGGGUGGUCUCAGUUCCUGGAGUGGCAAUUAAAGGCAGCUCUCAACAGGUGGAAGUUCAAGGAAGAAAAAUAUUCUGUAUUAAUAGGGCUAUUCCAACUUUACCCUUUAAUCUUGAGGAUGCAGCUCGCAGUGAAGCUGAAUUCAUAAAAGCAGAGCAGACUGGAGAACAGCUUGUCCGUGUCGGUCAAGACACUCGUUUGAACAACAGAGUACUUGACAUGCGCACUCCUGCCAAUCAAGGGAUUUUUCGCAUUCAAUAUCAAGUUUGCAAUCUAUUUAGAAUGUUCUUGUCAUCAGAAGAUUUCGUUGAGAUCCAUACUCCAAAGUUGAUCGCGGGUGCAAGUGAAGGAGGUUCAGCUGUUUUUAAACUGGACUACAAAGGUCAACCUGCUUGCCUAGCACAAUCCCCACAACUACACAAGCAAAUGGCAAUUUGUGGUAAUUUUGGCCGUGUUUUCGAGGUUGGCCAUGUUUUUAGGGCAGAAGACUCUUUCACUCAUAGGCACCUAUGUGAAUUUACGGGCCUUGAUGUGGAAAUGGAAAUUAAGGAGCACUAUUUUGAGGUAUUGGACAUUGUGGACAGAUUAUUUGUGUAUAUUUUCGAUGAAUUGAAUCAGAAGUGCAAAAAGGAGCUCGAAGCUGUAAAUAAGCAAUAUCCAUUUGAACCUUUGAAGUACCUGUGGAAAACUUUGCUACUUACUUUCAAAGAGGGGAUUGAAAUGCUCAAGGAAGCUGGCAUUGAUGCAGAUCCCUUAGGUGAUCUAAAUACAGAAACAGAGAGAAAAUUGGGUCAGCUUGUUCGGGAGAAGUAUGACACUGACUUCUAUAUUCUUCACCGCUAUCCUCUCGCUGUGCGACCCUUCUACACCAUGCCAUGUUAUGAUGAUGAUUUGUACAGUAACUCAUUCGAUGUAUUCAUUCGUGGUGAAGAAAUAAUUUCAGGAGCUCAGCGUGUUCAUGAUGCAGAGUUCUUGAGCAAUCGAGCACAGGCAUUGGGAAUUGAUUUGAAGACGAUAUCUACUUAUGUCGAUAGCUUCCGGUAUGGGGCGCCUACACACGGCGGGUUUGGUGUUGGCUUAGAGCGUGUAGUGAUGCUUUUCUGUGGCCUUAACAACAUUCGCAAAACGUCUCUUUUCCCUCGUGACCCUCAAAGGCUUGCUCCAUGAUACCAUAUUCUUGUUUGUAGCUGUUUAUGUUUUUAAAUAUUCCAGUCUUUGUUGGUUUUAAGGAUAAUAUCAAUUCUUCGACUUUAUAUUAACAGUUCUAAUUUCAUAUUAUGUGGCCUCGUUUUUCCUCUCUUACCUUCUCAAUCAAGAAAUUGGUUAUUGAGAACAUCAUGUAUGUGCAUGUUUUGUCAUUUCUCUUUACUGUGUUGGCUUAAUUGCUCUUUUCUAAUAAAAUAUUUU